GUAAAGCGAUUGAAAAACUGAGAAAGAAAAGUUUGAGACAAGAUGGAGCUUUUACCUCGAGGGAUUCUAUAUAUAUGAGAGCUCUGAAGGCGUUAGAGGAGAAACUAAGCGUUUGGUAGGCGCAAAACGUGCGUAGAGCCUUAAAGAUUGACCAUAAUAGUUGAUUGCCGGAAGGGGAAUCGCAAACGACGAAGGAGAUGGUGAAGAUGGCGACUUCCCUAAUCUUCUUAGCUUUGUCAGUAUCACCACUUUGGACAGAUACAAAGCCUAAUAAACAGAAAAUCAAUAAGCCCAAAGCCCAUUUUUUUUCGAAGUCCAUUCGUUACCCAUCACUUAAAAAAAAAAAAAAGAGGUGGAGACCACAAUGUUAUAUUAGUUUUCCACCUUUCUAAUAUAUAUUAGUUUCGACCGUCAAUGUACAAAGUAUCCUUUAGUGCAAUGGUAUAGUUGUGGGUGCUUAUAUCUCAAUAACCCUGGUUCGAGCCACAUAUUUGACAUUUUUUCAUACUUUUAAAAAGUGGAACCCACAAACCGCUGACGUGUCGCAUCAGGAGGAGAGAAACUCUCCUAUUAUAUAAUAGAUUAUAAUUAUUGAUUAUAAGUUAAUACUUGAAUAUUCGUUUAGAAAUAUAGCUAGGGCGCGAAUGGAGAGUGCGACGUAACCGAUGAUCUCCUCACUUAUUCUUAUGGCAAAGAAUUUGAUCUAUUCUUUGGUUUUGUGGUUCCAUGGCUAUUAAGGUUUGUGAUUUGAGAUGAGCUAUGGUUUGGAUUAGUUCUUGUUGAAGAUUGAAAACCAGAUAAAGCAAAUAUAUGGGUUUCAAGUAUCAUAAUAUCAGGUUUCUACUGGUUUGAUUGGCAUUUCACUGAGGUUUCGAAGCCGGAUCUGUGUCCGUGUCCUCUUCUCGUAGUCUUUGAUCUCUCUUUCAAAGGUCUUAGAGUGGAACAUAAUGGAAACGUGAUCUCUGAUGAGGUUCAUAUGCCUAUAUGAUAGUAUUAAAUGCUUUGACCUCUUUUAUAUUGUAGUUUCAAAGUAUCAGCUCGGCAUGGACAGUCUCUUGAGCUGGUCAUGGAUCGUCUCUUGCUGUCGGCAUUGGCCAUGGAACUUCGUGGGCCCAUUGUCGCCUUAUGGGUUUCAAGGACACUCGUUCGGGUUCUCGGAACAUUAAUACAAGAAGUCUAUUCAUGAAAAGGCAUAGUUUGUUUUGAAACUGUCGAUGUAUUAUUGCUCUCGUUGAAACUUACUAAUAUAUAUUAUUGACAAACAUACGGAUAUUGUAUGAUAAGUCCGUCCAUAUGGCAUGGAUAUAUAUAACAAAUGCAAAAUGAACCAUGAAUGUUUCUUCAUGUGAGAUUAUGCUUAGACUAAAUAAUGAUACUAGUCUGCCAAUGAAAUAGAAUUCGUUGAAAGAUAAUAUAUGUUCAUGCCGUGAACAACCUAUCAUGAAGGAAUAAAGAACAAUUAUUCCAUUCUAAUCACUCUUACAGAUUGAGAUUGGUAUAGUAGGUUGAGGGUGCGACGUAGCACAUAUAUAAUUUUAACGAAAUUAUUUAUCCCUGUAAUUAUAUAAUGAAGCCGCAUGAAUUUAAAUUGUUUAGUCUAUGAGAAAUCAUUAUAAAUAUUUAAUAUAAUUUUCUGACGUAUUUAUUGAUAAAUGAAAUAAGUAAAGACAAUCAUUAUGAAAACUUCAUGAACAAAAAUAUCUCAAUUUAAUUUUUUCUUUUUCUCUUUUGAAUAUUUUUUAAUCAGCCAAAAUUUCAUCUUCUGUAUUUGAACGAUAUUUUUCUUUUUUCUGUCGCUCCGUGUAGACAAAAAGCAAAGUAAAAAGCUAGCUCUGUUCUGGCUCUGGUUGGUGCCGGAGGUUUCCUCCUCCAACCAUAAUUUUCUUUCUCAUUAUUCUUUUUAUCCAUCUGCUUAACCCUAGUCUAUAAACAAGUUUUUUAUGUUUGUCGAGAUCUUAUAUGAAGAAUUGUUUGAGGUCGAUGGUGACAGCAACAUGCAUUUUAUGGCGCAGCAACAAGACUCAUAGUGUGAUGGAUGCGGAAGGGCUGGCUUUUAGGGCUGAAGUGAGCCGUCAGAUUUGGUUUUUGGUUUUUGGUUUUCAGAGAUUUGGCACGUCAUUCACGUCAACGGCGCCUGAACCGGUAACAUGUUUCCUCCACCAUAUAUUUACCUUCGUCUUUGGCGGUGCGAGCUUCCGGAAGAGAGGUUUGACGUCUGGUGGAAAGUGGUUCGUUCUGCAUCCUAAUAAUGUAAUUGGAUCUGCUGUUCUGAACGGUGGUACGAGCUUCGGAACGUAAAUUUGUAAACUGUGGUAUUGAGUAAUAUAGCCAGUUUCAAAUAUAGUAUAUAUGUGGUCAGUUUCUUCAAUUUUCUUGAAUAGUCAUGAUAUUUUAAACCAAGAUAUGGUCGAUCUUGUGUAUCUCUUAAUACACUGCAAUAAAAUCAUAUAUAAUGAACUCAUGUGAAAUUACGUAUGUCAUCAAAAAUAUGUUUGAACGUUAAACAACAAACAAAACGAUUAUAUCUUUUCAUUUUGUCACGGCUCCCACUGCUAUUGAUAUUAGUCUGUAUCAUCUUUGAACCUGCCGCUUCCACAUAAACAUUUGUAGAUUUUGUAAAUUAAGAUUGUACUAUUUAUUUCUAAACUUCAAAUUAUAAAACAGUCAAAAGUUAUAAAUCGUAAAUAAUAUUCUUGAUUAUAUGUUUUGUUUAAACGUGGAGACAGGGUAGAAUGGCUAACAAACUUAUAAUAGUAGUUUACUCUACUCUAUAAUUUGUACAAUAUUCCUUUUUAUGAUUUGCCAACUAAUUAGACAAUAACUAUUGCGUCUACUUAUUAUAGUCGACUCAUAAAUAUGAAAAAAAAUAGUCAACUAAUCUCUUGUAGAAACCAAUUUAUGACUCUCCUACAGAAAAUUCUAUAAAUAUCCGCUAUAACUCCCAUAAUUUAUCUCCACCCUUCUCAAAGAAUAUAAACACACUACUACUUCCUGAGAUUUUGUUUCAGAGUUUUUCUGGUACACAAACAAAUGGCUCCAAGAACCUCUCUUGCACUCUUCCUUUUCCUUAACCUCCUCUUCUUCACUUACACUACUGCUCAAGGCACUUGUCCUAGAAAUGCCCUUCAGAUCGGUGCUUGCACUAAUGUGCUCAAUGCAAUUGACUUAACAUUAGGAAACCCACCGCCACCAGUACCGCCGUGCUGCUCGCUCAUUGCAGGCUUGGCUGACCUUGAGGCUGCAGUCUGUCUCUGUACCGCGCUCGACGUUAACGUUCUUGGCAUCAACGUUCACCUUCCCAUCGAUAUCAGUGUACUUUUAAAUGCUUGUAGCAGAUUUGCUCCACCAAGUUUCCAAUGCCCGUAAGUUGAAUACGUAUGAGAUAUCUGAAGAUAUACCGAAAAAAUAAAGGUUGAACGUGUUGCCUGUCGUCUUUUGCUUUUUCAACUGGUGAUUUCUUUUGUAUUUGUAACUUCCUUCGAUUGAAUAAAAUGAUGAGUGUAACGUUCUCAUGCAAUAAUGGGUUUGUGUGUGUAAAUUACUUCAUUGCCAUGUUCGUUGCCCUUUUACUUCAUUGUUCUUCCUUACCUUCGUUUGUAAAACGGUUCGUUCGAAUUUGAUUAAUAAAAGCUUCAAUCGGUGUUGUUAAAAAUGACAUCAGUUGUUAUAACUGAUACUAAAUUAUCUAUAUUUUGUAUCAUUUACAAAUAAAUGAUCGAAAAAUGUAUCAUUUAAUUUUGUGAUACAAUUUAAGUGAUACAAUUCACAUAUUUUUUUGUAGUAUCUAUAUCGGGAUUAUAUGUAUAUCGAAAAAAGCAAGGUAAAAUGAUACGAUCUCACUGAAAACAACACGGUUUAUGUUAUAAAUCAUAUUGUGGAUGUUCAUAACCGGCCCGAUCCAUAACCGGCCGAUACUUAGAGAGAGAGUCGGCGGCCAUGAGAGAGAGAGAGAGUCGGUGCCUAGAGAGAGAGAGUCGGCCAACCCUACUUUCCUUUUCCUUAUUGGUUUAUGAUUUGUACUCUUUCCAUAUUUGUAUUUAUUUUUUAGUCUUUUCAUUAUUCUAUGACGAUGUAAUUCCCUAUAUAUAAAUGGCUUCUUAUGAUUCAGAUUUAUAAGAAGAAGAUUCUAUUCUCUGAAGUUUCACAUCACGUUAUCAGCACGAUUACUUUGAAAUUCUAAGCUAAACAAUUCGAUCCCAAAACCCGACGAUCUAAACCCUAGCCGGCUUCAACCCUAAUCCCGAUCGAGAAAACCUUUUCACCCCGUAUCCAAGGCAUUCCCGAUCCCGUGUUCAGCAAGGACAGCUCGCGUCCUGGUCUUAGCUUGGACAGCUCGCAUCCGACGAUCCUUAGCAAGCUCCUGUACGUGAUCCGAUACUCAGCUCGAUACUCAGCUUGUUCGCGUUCCCGAUCUCAGCUUCAAUCCGUUCGCGACCCGAUCAACACAAGGACAGUUCGCGACCCGUUCCAGCUCGUGAGCAGCAAUGUUCCAGCUCGUUCGCGACCUCCUCUCAUUGGUGGUCCAUUCAACCCGACUUGAGGUUAAGGUAAUCCUUAAACCCUAAUCGAAACCCUAAGAUGUCGAAAA